GCCUUCUGUUUAUUCAGGUGUCACAAAAAAUGGCUCUUCGAAAGAGAAGUGACAGACAUCACUGCUGGAUGGUCCAACCUUGCCAGGUGAUUGAGACUCAACAACAGGAGGGUGGUGACCUCAUCAAACCCAAGAAGCUGCCAAAUCCUGUCCUGGCUUCUCACCAACACAGAGCCCUUCACCAAGAACUGCUCUUCUGCCACAGAUGUGGUCUCCUGCCAAGAAUAAAGCCCGAGCUGCAGCGUGUGCUGGAAAACAAACAGAGAGAGAGGCACAAGCAGGCCGAGCUGGCCCUCCAUCCUCCCUCAGACUUGGAAGCAAAGCUUCGCACAAGACAGCAGAGGAUACAAGUCUGUGAGCUGGAGGAAAGAAAAAGGAACGAGUGGCUACAGAACGCGCCGGAGUUCGUCCGAGUGAGAAAAACCUUGAAGCACGUGCAGGCUUUUUCAUCAUGACAACCAGAGCUACAGGAACACAGGUUCCUGUGCUAAUGUUAGUCAUCAGGUGAAUCAUCUUCAUUUGGCAACUGCAGCUCUCACAGAUACUGAUAACAAAUUUACCAAAUCUGUCAGAAAAUGUUUUACAGUAUGAGAUUUGAAUUUCAGGAAGGAAAAAUAUAAAUUUAUUAAUCCUAUUUUGAGAGAACUUUUCAACACCACCAAUCAAGCAUGAUGGAUCGUUUGAAUUGAGAAAGGAGUGGACUUGUGAGCGUCUCUUGUAAAGUUGUGAAAGGCUUCAAAUAUUUUCUUGCUGUGGAGAUGCGUGCACUUGAAACAUUCUUUAAUUGUCUUGCCAUAGAAGGUUAGGUUGCUGUAUUUUGUAAUAUUGUUAAAAUGUAGAAUGAGAAAAUAAGCACCAGGAAUACAUUUAAAAAAAAAUUUAAUAAAACAUCCAGGGAGGCCGACAAUGUACGUAAAAACAAACACUGAAACUUAAGCUGGAUCUGCUAGUGACAACAGUGAGAAAACAGUCACAUAAUGACAUGAGAGGCAGUCACAGGAGUGAACAUGGAUGUCGCUCUUUUUGCAGGAUUGCUCAGCCGUUUACACUUCAGUCUGUCGUACCCUUUGAUCAAAGCUGCUGUUCGUAUUUCACAAGUUUUGGGACUCAGCUAGUGACAUCACAGAUGGCAAGAGCCUAAGAUAAAAAAAGGUAAUCAUUGAAUAAUGAUUCAUGGACUUAUGUUUCUUGUUUAAAAAGUGAGCAAGUGCCAGCUGGUAGUUUAUAUCAGGUUACUCAGUCUGAAUAUGUGGUGUGCUGUAAACAAACAUUCAUAAAUAACUUUACCUCUGCAAAGUAAAUGUACUGACCAAACUUUAAAGUGUGACUGUUGCCUUGGAAGUGUAAAUAUCGUCACAGACUCCUCACAUAGGCUCCAGUAAAAGAAGGCCUGCUGAAUAAAUCACAUUCAACCAUUUUCACUUACGCAUUCUGUGACAUUCCAAACACCUUACACCUCGUGUGUCGUCCACCGUAAACAAAAGGUUUUACAUUUAAAAGUGAACUUUUCAUCUCCAUUAAUUUUGUGAAAUACAUGUGAUUUCCCCCAACUGUGUUUAUAAAUACAAAUUCUAUUCACAAGCAGCAACCACAUCCACUGUGCUUUUGUCACAACCCAGCUCCAGUGUGUUGUGUUCGCUAUAGAAUAAAUUAAUAAUAAAUAAAAUACAAAAAAAAAAAAAAAAA